UCUCAGGGCAUCUGGGGAGUUGCAGAUUACAGAGGGCUCUCCUCUCGCACGCUGCUACGUGAUUUGGUUCAGUUGUAGUGAGUGUUCAGAGUUUAGGGGAUGGAUGUUUCUGACAGAGUGGACAACCAUGGCGAAGGUGUCGAGGAGAAGCAAAAAACGAAGCACAAGGGGAAACACGAUAAACCGAAGCCAUGGGACGAUCCAAACAUCGACCACUGGAAGAUUGAGAAGUUCGAUCCGUCAUGGAACAAUGGUGGAAUGCUCGAAGUUAGUUCCUUCUCGACAUUGUUUCCUCAAUACAGAGAAAAAUACUUGCAAGAAGUAUGGCCCAUUGUGAAAGGUGCUCUGAAAGGACAUGGUAUUUCAUGUGAACUCAAUUUGGUUGAAGGAUCCAUGACUGUUUCAACAACCCGGAAGACAAAGGAUCCAUAUAUCAUCGUAAAAGCUAGGGAUCUCAUAAAGCUUUUAUCAAGAAGUGUUCCUGCACCUCAGGCAAUCAAGAUACUGAAUGAUGAGAUGCAAUCUGACAUUAUUAAAAUUGGCAGCCUCGUUCACAACAAGGAAAGAUUUGUUAAACGUAGGCAGAAUCUUAUCGGCCGUGAAUCAACCACACUGAAGGCUAUUGAGAUUUUGACUGGAUGCUAUGUUCUAGUCCAGGGGAACACAGUUGCUGCUAUGGGUUCAUUCAAGGGUCUGAAACAACUUCGGAGGAUUGUUGAAGAUUGCAUGCAGAAUAAAAAACAUCCAAUUUACCACAUCAAGGAGCUCAUGAUCAAACGAGAGCUUGAAAAAAAUCCAGAACUUGCAAAUGAGAGCUGGGAUAGAUACCUUCCCAAUUUCAAGAAGAAAAAUGUUAAGAGAAAGAAAGUUAAGGGUAAAGAGAAGAAACCUUAUACGCCCUUUCCUCCUCCUCAACAGCCCAGUAAGAUUGAUCUUCAACUGGAAAGUGGUGAAUAUUUCUUAAGUGACAAAAAGAAGUCAGCUAAGAAGUGGCAGGAGAGGCAGGAGAAACAGGCGGAGAAAACAGCUGAAAACAAGAGAAAAAGAGAGGCUGCCUUUGUUCCUCCCAAGGAGCCCACAAAGCUGGAUUCCAAUAAAUCUCAGGAUGAUAAGAAUGAUUUAGCAACCAUGACAAAGUCAUUAAAGGAAAAGUCAGAGAAAUUUGGGAAGCAGAAUGUUAUUGAGAAUGUCAAGGCUGAAACAUUCAUUGCAAGUGCAGAACCACCGAGCAAGAAGUCCAAGCGUUCCAAAUCUUAACUAAUUGCUUGAGCUUCAGCAUGGAAUCAGGAGGAAAUCUUAAUUUUUGACUG